GAUUUCCCUGGCGGGACAGCAUCACGUGCACUCCUAAGACUGAAAAAAGGAAAAAUAAAAAAGUGGGAGCCACGGGUAGCGCGGUAUCAGUUCGGAGUCGGAGUCGGAGCCGGAGAUCGGCGAUGACUGCCGCCGGUAAUCCCUCCGUCACUUCCACGGAACCACCGCCACGUGGCACUGCCGAUUUCUCUGUUGAUUUGGUUCCGCAGAGGAUACUACUGUCGCCUGAUCAGCGUAGUUACUGUUUGGAAGCAUUAAAUGCCUUUAAGGACAAAAGGUCUCACUCUCCACAUAAAAUUGCCUCUGAGUUCUCCACUUUGCAGGAAAAUAGGUUGAAAGCUUCAGAAAUGAAGAGUAGAUGCUUGGUGGCUAUCGACAGCACAAACAUCAGCAAGAAUCGUUAUACUGAUGUUAUCCCAUUUGACAAUAACAGGGUUGUUUUGGACCCAUGUAAAGACUACAGACCGUCAGCUAGGGGAUAUAUCAACGCAAGCUUUAUAUCGAUAUCUGAAGGGGUGUCUCGGUUUAUUGCAACACAAGGUCCACUAGCACACACCUCUGAAGACUUCUGGGAAAUGAUAAUCCAGCAUCGCUGUCCUGUGAUUGUAAUGCUUACUCGAUUGGUUGACAAUUACAAGACGGUGAAGUGUGGGGAUUACUUUCAGGCAGAGGAUGGACCUAGAACAUUUGGCAAUAUAUGUAUUGUGACAAAAUAUAUCACAUCGAGCGAUACCUCCUUAGUAUUGCGAACUCUGGAGGUGAACUAUAUUGAGUCAGAAGAACCACCUUUGCGUGUUUUACACAUUCAGUAUCCUGAAUGGCCUGACCAUGGAGUUCCAAGAGACACACUUGCUGUUCGUGAAAUUCUUAAGCGAACAUACAGUGUGCCUCUUAGUCUUGGACCAAUUGUAGUACACUGCAGUGCAGGUAUUGGUAGGACUGGAACAUAUUGCACAAUCCAUAAUACCAUCCAGAGAAUACUGGGUGGAGAUAUGUCAGCUCUCGACAUCAUUAAUACAGUAGCCAUUUUUAGGUCUCAGCGAAUUGGGAUGGUCCAGACCAUGGAUCAAUACCUUUUCUGCUAUGAUGCCAUUAUUGAUGAACUGGAAGACCUAAUUUCAGAUGACAAUGGAGAGAAGAGUCCGUAAUGUAGUGAGUUAGCAAGAGCAGCAAUUCUUGCUCACAGUGAGAUAUAAAACAGUAGUUUAUGCUUAAGAAGCAAAUCAGUUGGCUUUACUUGAGUUGCUUCGUCCCGCUCUCUUUGCUUGGGAUCCCAAGCUGUUAAAGAGAUACCUGUUGCUAUUUCUGUCGAGAUGAGAACUCAAUUGGAUUCACUAUUGACGUUGGAUGAUGAUCGCAGAUGUUUCCCUUGGCUAACUGAAUAUCAUGAAGUUGACAUAUGUUUGCAAAUCCAGAAAAUUAUAUUUCAGGUCUUUACUGUUUGCAGUGUAACACACCCAUUCAAGACUAGCCAUAUGUUGUAACUCUUAUGUUGUAACCUUAUGCAGAGAGUCAAGCUGCUACAUAAUGAUUAUUUAGCAUUGAUAUGGAUGUGAAAUGAUGUGUGCUGAAAUAUUUAAGUAGGCGUUUCGCCAUUCAAUUUGAAGCUCAAAUUUGACU